CAAACACAGCUACAGAAGAAUGGAGGAAGCUGAAUUGCUGAAAGAAAGAUUCCAGGCCAUAACAGAUAAAAGAAAACUGCAAGAAGAAAUUACACAGAAACGUCUAAAAGUAGAAGAGGAAAAAAUGAAGCAUCAACAUUUAAAGAAAAAAGCUCUGCGAGAAAAAUGGCUCUUAGAUGGUCUCAGUUCUCUCACUCCAAAGGAGCAAGAAGAAAUGCAAAAGCAGAAUUGGGAAGACCAACAACGGACUCAUGAGCUUGAACAAAAUAUUUUCAGACUGGAGAAGGAAAUUGAGGCUCUGGAAAAAGAGGAAAUGGAAGUCUCAGCUAAGGAAGAAGCAAUUUUAAAGAAACUUAAGUCUGUUGAGAAAACGACAGAAGACAUAAUAAAGUCUGUGAAGACUGAAAAAGCAGCAGUUGAAAAAGAGGCAGCAGACUACAUCUACACCAGCAUACCUGACCUUCCCAAGCAUUUCAGGCCUUCUGCACUGAAAAGUGCAGCACAUGCUGCCAAUGAUGACGAAGAAAAGAGAAAAGCAUUAUUUGCCAUGGAAAUUAAAGUUGAAAAAGACAUGAAGACAGGAGAAAACACAGUGUUAUCAACAAUACCUCUUCCCUCAAAGGAGUUUAAAGAGACAGGAAUUAAAGUCUAUGACGACGGCAGGAAGUCAGUCUAUGCAGUAUCCUCAAAUGGCAGCACAACACAAAAUGGAAUGGAUGAACUUGCUCCUGUUGAGGUGGAGGACCUGCUACGGCAGGCUACUGAAAAAAAUUCCCAGUCUCCCACAGAGUAUCAUGAGCCUGUGUUUGCAAACAAAUUUUGUAGACCAGUUACUCCUCAGAAAGACAAACUAGUCCCUGGACCAAUAUUGGAAGACACUCAAAGAAGAGAGAUGAAUGGAUUUAGCAAUCAUCAGGCAGAGUUCUCCUCCAAAGCAGAGCCCUCAAUGCAGCAACUUAAAGAGAAUGGGCUCAAUCUUCCAAAGGUAAUACAGCCAAAGUCUCCUUCUCCAGUACUUUCCCAUUCAGAUAAGAAAGUACACACUAAUCCUGAGAACAGGAUGAUAUAUAACAAUGAAAGAAAAGCUGCACAUGAGGAAUUAAAACCAUACCAGAACACAAAAGAAAGAUGUAAUGAGACAAAAUUUUUAAAUCCCUCCCAUCUUAAUGAAACAUCCACUGCAUCUCAAAAUGAGAAAGAUGCUCAGUACAACAUCGUCCAAGCUGUACCAUGUUACGUGGAUGACUCUGAACCAGUAACGAUGAUUUUCAUGGGUUAUCAGCGCGUUGAUGAUGAUGAUGCAGAAGCAGACCAGAAGUUGUCACAAUAUGAUGGGAUUAUCCGUGCAGAAUUAGUUAUCAUUGAUGAUGAUGAUGAAGAUGACAGCAAAUCUGAGAAACCAGCAUAUCAUCCUAUAGGCCAUUAUAGUCAGGUUUAUCAGCCACCAAGCAGAAAAAUUACAGAAGUCCCACAAACAAACCCUGUGAGCAGUCUGGGUACAAGCCUGAACAAGGUGCCCCACAAAAAUUCUAUCUCCCUGCAAGAACAAGAGGAAUGUUUAAGCUCACCAACACCCCGUGCUCAUCUUCACAGCCAGCUAUCUGGAGAUGGUACCGAAGAUCCCUCACUAACAGCUCUGAGGAUGAGAAUGGCAAAGCUGGGAAAAAAGGUGAUUUAA